UGAGCAAGCCAUGACUCAAAGCACCACAGAUGGGUCCGAGAUUUCGCCAAAUGAUGCCGUCGGAAAGGUACUAGGAAAAGAGCAUUCUGGACGGGUAAGGUGCUUGGGAUUAGGAGUCGUCCCAAGUAGAGCUUUUAAACAAACAAGACCCCGUUAUAGUGAUUUGAAUGCUUCAAGUUACAAUAAUGGUUCAUGUUCUUCUCAAUGGCAAGAGAAGUACAAUCAGAUGUUGAGUGCUCACAACAAAAGCCAAGACAGCCUCAAUUUUCUGAUGAAUGCUCACACUGAAAUGAUGAGCGCUUUCAAGAUGUAUAUGAUAAGGAAAGAAGGGAGAAUACCUGAAGAAUUUGCUGGGAUCUUUGUUUCUACUACUCCUCCUUCAACGCCAAGUGAUGCAGCUAGUGGACACGCUUCACCCACGGACGUAAGAAGAUCAUUUGGUGGCAGUAAUCGUAAUGGCAACCAAUGAAGUUCCGUGCAAUUGUAUUAGACAAUUAAGUAUGGUAGUUGAUUGAAUAGACGUAGCAGAUCCUUUAUGAUUAGUGGUCUGAGUGGAUGUGUUUAAUGUUAGUUUUUGAGACUAAUGAGGAUACUGAUGUUGGAGUGAAUGUGUUUAAUAUUA